AUGGUUUCGAUAAUGCGACCUGAACAAACUUUACGGCUUAUUCAACUUUAUCAUUCUCAUUAUCCAGAAAUUGCUCGUAAUAACCAAGAUGCUGAUGGACGGAAUCAGAAAUUACAAAUGUGGGCAAAAAUAACAGAAGAAUUAAAUAUUCAAUUCGAUACUUUAUUUACUGUUGAACAAUAUAAAAAGAAAGUGCAGAAUGUUCAGUGUACUUCAAGGCAAAAAUUAUUUAGUGGAAAAAGAAAUUUGGGAGAAGCAGAAGUUGAAUAUUUACGAUUAUUUGAAUCUGACAAAAUAAACGAAGAAACCCUCUAUCUUAGAGCAAAAGGCCGUCUUGGGCCAUUAAAUAAUGAUAAUAUUAAAUGUUUGUCUCUUCCACCUGGGGAAUUUGAUUCAAUAAUUCAAACACCCAGUCGAGAAUUGAGUGAGGGAUUGGACUCGAUUGAUGGGGGGUCUUUUGAUGGAAUUAAUAAUGAAUUGAAGAUUAGAUUGUAUGAAUCAAGAAAGUUGUUGAAAGGAUGGAAUGAGGAAAUGACAACAUUAAAUAAACAACAAGAAAAGGAAACAACAACAAUUAUGGUAAGGGAUGAAAUUAAUAGUAAAAAUAUAAAUUCUGAAAAUAAUAAUUUAAUAAAAACAACAAAUAAUAAUAAUCAACAAAUAGACUCUGCUCAGCAGUUUCUUCUUGCUUUGUUAAAUGCAACUCUGGAUAAUGUGGGAAAUGAUAAUCAUGCAAAUAAUUUAAUGGAAGAAUCUUCAAUUGAUAAAUUAGCUAAUUUGGAUAAUUUAAAAAAGAAAAGAAAAAAUUUAAAUCAAAAGGAAGUAAUGAUAUCUCCAAACAAAAGAAGUCGAAAAUUGGAAAAGCCGAUUAGAACUUUGGAAGAAAAUAUUGAACAAACGGCAAUUUUAAUGGAAGAAGAAGGAAUUACAAAAAAUAAUUUAUUAAAUAAAAAUCUCCAUCCACCACCACCACCAACUACUAACAAUAACAACAAUCAAUUAUUUAAUAAUCAACAAAAAUUAGAGGAAGCCCCAAAUACUUCAACAACAAAUAUUCAAUUAAAUAAUUUACAAUUUGAACAAAUUUGUGGAAAAAUAGACAAAACUAAUUUUUUGUUAAAUAAAAUUAUUGAAUUAAUUAAUGAACGUUUACCUAAAAAUAAUAAUGAAGGAAUUUGA